AUGUCUUCCCCUACAUUUACCAUGCCAUUGCUCUCCUUAUUGUUCUUCUUCUCGAUCUUUUGUAUCAUUGCUCAGGCUCAAGUUCCUGCCAAUGAAACUUUCAAGCUUGUCAACGAGGGAGAAUUCGGGCCUUAUGUUGUGGAAUAUUUUGGAGAUUAUCGUAUGCUGCCUGAUGUCUUUAACUCCCCCUUCCAGCUUGGCUUCUACAACACCACCCCUAAUGCCUUCACUCUUGCUCUACGCAUGGGCUUGGUGCGUUCUGAGUCACUCAUGCGUUGGGUUUGGGAGGCCAACCGAGGUAACCCAGUUGGCGAAAAAGCCACCCUCACGUUUGGGACAGAUGGCAACCUUGUAUUGGCUGAUGCCGAUGGCCGAGUGGCUUGGCAAACCAACACUGCCAACAAAGGGGUGGUAGGCUUCAAGUUGCUUCCAACAGGCAACAUGGUCCUCUACGACUCAAAAGGUUCCUUUGUUUGGCAAAGCUUUGACAGCCCAACUGACACUUUGUUGGUGGGUCAAUCUCUCCGGGCCGGGGCAGUAAGCAAGCUCGUGAGUCGGGCCUCCGAGAAGGAAAACAAAGAUGGGGCUUACAGCUUGGUGAUGGAGCCCAAGGGAUUAUUUUUGUACUAUAAGAGCAAAAACUCCCCAAAGUCACUACUCUGCUCUCAAUUGAUCACCAUUCAAGAGGGCUCAUUAGAUCAUGUCACCUUGAAUAGCACCCCGGAAACGGAUGAGGGUUAUGUUUAUGACCUAACCCUAGAGUAUCAAGCGGCCAACUCUUCCACGGGUAGAAAUAUCUUUCUAGAUGUACCCAAAUUCAACAGCACAUUGACGUACCUCAGGCUUGGAAUUGAUGGAAACAUCAAGCUUUACACUUACUAUGACAAGGUAGAUUCAUGGGAGCAGACCUUCACACUUUUCGACAGAGAUUCGGUGUGGGAGACUGAGUGCCAGCUUCCGUCUAGAUGUGGAGACUUUGGCGUUUGUGAGGACAACCAAUGUGUUGCUUGUCCAUUGGCUAAAGGGCUUUUGGGUUGGAACAAGACUUGUAAGCCUGAGAAGGUAACUUCUUGUAAGGCAACGAACUUCCACUACUACAAGGUUGAAGGAGUUGAUUAUUUCUUAAGCAAGUACACAAGGGGAUCUUCUACCAAGGAGAUCGAUUGUGGUAACAAGUGUACUUCGGAUUGCAAGUGUUUGGUAUACUUUUACAACCAAGAUACUUCAAGGUGUUGGAUCGCUUAUGAUUUGAAAACCUUGACCAAAGUUGCCAAUUCCACUCACGUGGCUUACAUUAAGGCACCUAAUCACUACUAA